CGUAAUCUGUGCGCGAGGAGAGGGCGUGGCUUCAGAGAUGGCGUCCCUCCUGCAGCCGGACAGGGUGCUGUAUCUGGUCCGCGGAGAGAAGAAGAUCCGCGCCCCGCUUUCACAGCUGUAUUUCUGCCGCUACUGCAGCGAGCUGCGCUCCCUGGAGUGCGUCUCUCAUGAAGUCGAUUCCCAUUACUGCCCCAGCUGUCUGGAGAACAUGCCUUCAGCUGAGGCCAAGCUUAAAAAGAACAGGUGUGCCAACUGCUUUGACUGCCCAUGCUGCAUGCACACCCUGUCCACACGAGCCACCAACAUCCCCGCCCCUUUACCAGACGACCCGACCAAAACCGCCAUGAAGAAGGCCUAUUACCUGGCCUGCGGGUUCUGCCGCUGGACCUCGCGGGAUGUAGGCAUGGCUGACAAGUCUGUGGCCAGUGGAGGAUGGCAGGAACCAGAGAAUCCUCACACUCAGAGGAUCAAUAAACUGAUCGAGUAUUAUCAGCAACUGGCCCAGAGAGAGAAGCUGGAGAGAGACAGGAAGAAACUGGCCAGAAGACGCCCUUUCAUGCCUCAGGCUUUCUCGCAACACACUAUUCACGUGGUGGAGAAGUAUGGUCUGGGCACUCGUCUGCAGAGACAGAGACCUGGAGCUCCAGUCAGCGCUCUCUAUGGCCUCUCUCUGAAGGAGGGAGAGGAGCAGAAGGAGGUCAGUAUUGAACCUGCUCAGGCUCUGGAUGAGGUGGAGCCUCUGCCUGAAGACUGCUACACACGGCCCAUCAACCUGCCGGAAGUGACCACUCUUCGCCAGAGGCUGCUACAGCCAGAUUUCCAGCCUGCAGGAGCCUCUCAGCUGCAUCCCAAACACAAGCAUCUGCUGAUGAAACGCUCACUGCGCUGCAGGAAAUGUGAGCACAAUCUGAGCAAACCUGAGUUCAACCCGACCUCAAUCAAGUUCAAAAUCCAGCUGGUGGCUGUGAGCUACAUCCCUGAAGUGAGAAUCAUGUCCAUUCCAAACCUGCGUCACAUGAAGGAGUCUCAGGUGCUGCUGACUCUCACUAACCCGGUGGAGAGCAUCACACAUGUCAGCCUGUUCACCUGUGAGGAGGGGGAUCCUGACGACAUCAACAGCACAGCCAAGGUGAUGGUACCAGCGAAGGAGCUGGUUUUAGCCGGGAAGGAUGCAGCAGCUGAAUAUGACGAACUAGCUGAACCACAAGACUUUCAGGAUGACCCAGAUGUGGUGGCUUUCAGGAAGUCCAACAAGAUUGGCUUCUUUAUUAAAGUGAUCCCACAGCAGGAGGAGGGGGACGUCACCGUGGCCUUUAAAAUACGGCACGACUUCCGCAACCUGGCCGCCCCCAUCCGGCCCAGCGAGGACGGGGAGACGCCCAGCGAGGUCAUCUGGCUCGUGCACCAUGUGGAGCUCAGCCUGGGGCCACUGAUAGCCUAAAAACACACACACACUCACACACACACACAUACAUCUACACACACACACACACACUUACGUACAUAUUUAGACAGACACACAUUUUUACACACAGCUCAGAGCUUGAGACCACUGGUAGUAUGAACUGAUAUGCACUUAGUAACACCAUAUAGAGCUCAACCCUGGGUCACUGGUAGCCUGAAGCUUUACAGAACUAUGACACACACUCACAGACACACACAUUAUAGAGCUCAGCCUGGGGCAUCUACUACCCUACAACAUGAGUUCACAUCAUGAAAGGGUUAAAAUUAGCUUUUUUUUUCUCCAUUAAGUCGUUUAUCUUCUGCAGUAAUCCUGUUAAUCUGUUGCAAUGUUUCACUACAAACACUACCUACACAGUACACAGAUCAGGCUUACCGAUGUUUCUUCACUGAUAAAAUACUUACCUGCAUGCUUUCCAUAGCUUUUUCUCGUUUCCUUACUAACUAAAGUGUGUCCCAGGCUGGAUGAGCGCCACCUACAUACACCACCUUGUACAGAACCGUAACUCUACAGCGAGUGCCGACCAACACCUAUAGAUUCUCCUCUUUACUGUCUUCUUUACACGCUAAUCUCUCGCCUCACUGGCCUCGCUCUGUCGGACGUACCGUGCGCUUUUUCGUUGCUUUAGCGUGGAGAACACUCUGCAGAUUACUAACUACGUCGCACAAACUCAAUGGUUGUAAAAAUGGUGAAACUAUUCAUUCUUAUGUGUUAAAGAUUAUAGAAAAUAAAAUAUCAGUGCUUUAAUUCUCUGCUACAAUCAGAAGACUGGAACACUCUAGACUCUAGACGUCUUUCUGCCGCUGAUGUUUCUGUGUGUGAGAAUCAGAUCUGUAGUGAGAGAGUCUGGAAUUGUGGUGCACUAAUAAAAAAACAAACCAAGAGAUUCCAA